UUUGUACAUCACAACGAGAUCUUUCGAUCAACACAACUAACCAAAACUGAAUCAAAAUGAUCGGAAAGAUUAUCUUCCUUGCCGCCAUCGCAGUAGCAGUUGCCAAGCCUAGUUUGGCUCCAACGGCUCUAGUCGCUCCUGCUCCAUUGGUAGCCGCAGCUGCACCUCUUGUUGCUGCGCCGGCACCAGUAGUAACUGCAUCUAGUUCUCAGUAUAUCUCAAGAAACUACAAUGGUCUUGCCGCACCAUUGGUUGCUGCUGCUCCCGUGAUCUCUUCUCCAUAUACUUAUGCUGCUCCGUACUACGCACCUGCAGCUAAAAUAGUAGCUGCGUCACCUUAUUACGCUGCUUCACCUUAUUACGCUGCGUCACCUUACUACGCCCCCUCUGCACCUCUUAUUGCUCUUAAGGUCGUUUCCAUCAUUGCUAUCUUAGCUAGUUGCGAAGCUAGUGGAUUUGGACAUGUCUUACCAGCAAUAAAGUCACUAUCUGUAGUGCGAUAUGCACCUUUCUAUAGUUUCCCACAUGGGGUUCGAUCUAUACAUGCUGUUGCUCCUGUAGUGCGAGCCAUUGCACCUGCACCUGUCGCAGCUCCAGUUUUACCAGCGCCAGCUCCGGUAUUCCCAGCGCCAGCUCCCGUAUUCCCAGCGCCAGCCCCCGUAUACCCAGCCCCAACCCCUAUAUUCCGAGUAGCAGCUCCUGCAUUCCCAGCUCCAGCCCCAGUUUUUAGGGCACCUUUAUUUUCUGCCCCAGUUCCUGCUCCGGUAUUAGCACCUACGCCGAUCAUCUUAACCCUCACCAUUGCCGCCUCCAAUGCCGGAGUGUUGCCGCUCGCAGCUGCGCCUGCCGCUCUCGUGGCCCCAGCUGUGGCUCCCGCUGCAUACGCCGUGGCUCCCUACGCUAGCUCCUACUCCGCCCACUCAAUCAACCACGCUGUAGCUGCCCCAGUUUUCACUUCCGCUCCUAUAGUAGCCUCUGCCCCAUAUGUCGCUGCUGCUUCCCCCUACGUUGCUGCCCCUGCUCCUUACGUAGCUGCAAAAUACAUCUCUUCCCCGUAUUACUUAUAGACAAAUAUUUGGCGUUAUCAUUACCUAGUGACUUGCUCAAAAAUGCUGUGUUAUAGUCAUAUUAUUAAUAUAUAAUUACGUUUAUGUAUAUAUGUAGGUAUAUACUUAAUAUUAUGCUAAUAAAACAUAUUGUUCUAAAAUGACAAACA